AUGUCCCUCGCGCCCCUCUGCUGGGAAAAUCUUUUCAUAGCACCCUUCUGAGGCUUACCAGUGCUCUUCGUUCUUCACAGGAACGCUGACAAUGAGACCAGCUCCUCUACGUCAACCAGUGAUCAGAGCAGGCAUCCUUUUGAGAACGUGGAUCAGCACUUAUUCACCUUGCCACAGGGCUAUGGCCAAUUUGCCUUCGGGAUCUUUGAUGACAGCUUUGAGUUUCCGUUUGGGUCCAAUGUGCAGUCGGAAGACAACAGGGACUCUGAGAACCGGAGGGAGCGAGAGCAUCAGUCUCGGCAUCGAUACGGUGCCAGGCAGCCUCGAGCCCGUCUCGCCACACGCCGUGCCGCUGGCAGGCACGAGGGAGUUCCCACGCUAGAAGGAAUUAUCCAGCAGCUGGUCAAUGGAAUUAUUGCACCUGCAACAAUACCAAACCUAGGACUAGGUCCUUGGGGAGUCUUGCAUUCAAAUCCAAUGGACUACGCAUGGGGUGCCAACGGCUUGGAUGCAAUUAUUACGCAGUUACUAAAUCAGUUUGAAAACACUGGACCACCGCCAGCAGACAAAGAAAAGAUCCAGGCCCUCCCCACCGUACAGAUCGCACAGGAACACGUAGAUUCUGGGUUAGAGUGUCCUGUGUGUAAAGAAGACUAUACAGUCGGUGAAAAUGUCCGACAGUUACCUUGCAAUCACCUAUUCCACAACAGCUGCAUAGUCCCUUGGCUGGAACAGCAUGACACGUGUCCUGUGUGCCGGAAAAGCUUAAGUGGACAAAACACUGCCACAAACCCCCCAGGACUCACGGGCAUGAACUUCUCAUCGUCAUCCUCCUCCUCUUCCUCCAGCUCACCAAGUAACGAAAACUCAUCGAACAACUCAUGAAUCUUAAUCCAACCCUCUGUCCCUGGGGCCCUGUCCAUUGUCCUUCCUCCCUCCCCAGCCAACGUAAGCAACGAAAGGGGCUUCCAGAGCAGAGCGAGGGGAGGGUAGCAAGGGGAAAGCAGCCUCCCCAGGAUUCCCUUUUUGAGUUCUGAAGACACAGAGACUCUGGGUCCUUCACAGAUGAGAAGCCUCAAGUUCUGUGAUGGGGGGAAAGAGCUCUGUCUGUUAAUAAAAACACCCAUGUGCUGCGUGGACUUUUAACCGUUGUGGUGAAAGGCUGCUGCGCUCCACAGAUGGGAAACCCGAGGUGCUGAGCUAGCGGUUGCAAUUCUGAACGGAAAGGUUGUUUGUAUGGUUUUGAAUUUGAGAUUCUUUUCUUU